CUGAAUUUGAUAGUACGGAUACUUGGCGAAGGGCAAUUCAACCUACCCGGGUCGGUCAUCGAUGACCUGAACGACAUUGACAACCGCAUGGUGGAGGCGGUGGCCACAGAGGACGGCGCCCAAUUCCAAUCGCUGCUGGACGAAAUGUUCCGGCUGGUACGAGACCGGGGCGAACCGUUGCCGCUUGACCAAUUGGUGGAAUCGGAUCUGAUCCUGCCGGAAACGGACCUUACGCUGGACGAAGCGGAGCACAUUUUCAUCGGCGACGGCCUGCUGCCCGGUUGA